GAAAAGAAAUGGUAACUUUAUCUUCAUUAGGUGAAAAUUUCUUUACACUGUCUUAAAUCCUUGCAAAAAUGGCAAGAGCCCAAUAAAACGUACUAAUCACAGAGCUCAAAAAUAUCAACGCAUAAGACCUUAGUACUGAAGUCAAACAAACAGCGUAAACUCACCGUUAUUUCAAAAACCCUACUUCGCCGGCGCAAUCAUCUCGGCAACAGGUCGGAAACAGUGCCAGUUCUCGUCGCCGGUUAACAAUAUGAAAGUCGUGGCUUUAGUCAGUGGCGGCAAAGACAGUUGCUUUGCCAUGAUGAAAUGCAUUCAAUAUGGUCACGAGAUUGUUGCGUUGGCUAAUUUGAUUCCCGCGGAUGACGCAACCGAUGAGCUUGAUAGUUACAUGUAUCAAACUGUUGGGCACCAGAUAGUUGUUAGCUAUGCAAAAUGCAUGGGACUCCCAUUAUUCCGGAGGCGAAUUCAAGGAUCCACAAGGCAUCAUGACCUAAGUUACAGCAUGACUCCUGGUGAUGAAGUUGAAGAUAUGUUUAUAUUGUUGAAUGAGGUAAAAAGACAGAUACCUUCUGUUGAUGCAGUAUCUUCUGGUGCAAUUGCAUCUGACUACCAGAGAUUACGAGUGGAAAGUGUAUGUUCAAGGUUAGGGCUUGUUUCUUUGGCAUACCUAUGGAAGCAAGAUCAAUCAUUUCUUCUUCAGGAAAUGAUAAGAAGUGGAAUUAUUGCAAUAUUAGUGAAGGUUGCUGCUAUUGGAUUGGACCCCUCAAAACACUUGGGAAAAGAGCUAGUAUAUCUGGAGUCCCAUCUCCACAAGCUAAAAGAGUUAUAUGGAAUAAAUGUCUGUGGUGAAGGUGGAGAGUAUGAAUCAUUAACCCUUGAUUGCCCUCUGUUUAAAAAUGCGCGGAUUGUGCUGGAUGAAUUUCAAAUCGUCUUGCAUUCUUCAGAUGCCAUAGCCCCUGUUGGCAUCGUCCAUCCCCUGGCAUUCCACCUCGAAAGGAAGGUAGAGUCAAUAUCUUCAAAUGCCAUUGAUGAAGGCAGCAAUGUCUUCCAGGAGAACGUGGAUAAAGUAUUUGAAGUGCAUGGAGAUGCCCAACAAGAAGGCGAAGCUGGUGGCGGAUUUGUUGCUGUAAGCUCUAAGCGACCAGAUGUCAGUAAGGAGGAGCUCAAAUUUUCAAAAACAAAGAAGGAUGAUAUCUUUUCUAUUUCUUGCUGGCUCCAAGAUUCGUGUAAAAAUUCAGCAGAUUUGCGGGAGGAUCUGGAGGUUGUUUUAAUGAGAAUUGAAGCUCUGCUCGUGGAAAAUGGUUGCUCUUGGGAAAAUGUACUGUAUAUCCAUCUUUAUAUUGCCGAUAUGGAUGAGUUUGCAGUGGCAAAUGAAACCUAUGUCAGAUAUAUUACUCAGGAUAAGUGUCGUUUUGGCGUACCAUCACGGUCUACCAUUGAGCUCCCUCUAUUGCUAGUUGGUUUAGGGAGGGCAUAUAUUGAAGUUUUAGUGGCAAAUGAUCCUACUAAAAAGGUCUUGCAUGUACAAAGCAUUUCUUGCUGGGCCCCUAGUUGUAUUGGUCCAUACAGCCAGGCUACAUUGCACAAUGACAUACUACACAUGGCAGGACAGCUGGGGCUUGAUCCAGCCACAAUGGUGCUCUGUGAAGGAGGUCCAGUUGCUGAACUUGAACAGGCACUGGAAAACAGUGAAGCAGUGGCUAGAUGCUUUAAUUGUUCAAUAUCUACAUCAGCCUUAGUCUUUGUCAUAUAUUGUUCAGCAGCCAUGGAAACGUCCGAAAGAGUUGUUGUUCAGAACAAGACAGAAGCACUUCUUAAUCUAAUGAAGUCGCUCCAUGCUGAGGGCGCAAAGAAGACCAGAGUCCUAAAUCCAAUUUUCCUAUAUAUUCUUGUUCCUGAUCUGCCAAAAAGAGCACUGGUUGAAGUGAAGCCCAUGCUUUACACUGGGGAGUAUAUGUCGGCUCCAAGUGACCAUGCCAUGCAGUAUCAAUCCACUGGACAAGGUUAUUGGGGCUUUGAGUAUGAAACGUGGCAUGACGUUUGCCUUCAGAAAUGUAUUGCUUAUGGGAAAGUAUGCACAGCAAUUCUUUCAGUUACUGAAGAGCUUGCAGCAAAAAUCUGCUCCCUGGCCAAUGUUGCAGGUCAUGCCAGUGUCAAGUCCAAAGGUCCUGUUGAAAAGGAACAAGUCAUAAUGAUCGCAAGAUUUUGUAUUUAUCGUCUUGAUAGAGUCCUUUUGGAGAAUAAUUUCUCUUGGGACGACGUAAUGAAUUUCAGGCUCUACUUUGCAGGUAGCCUCAAUAUCCCUCAUGGAACAUUGUCUCAAAUCUUCACUGAUGUUUUUAAUGAAUUUGCUCAGAUGAGUCAAAGAGUUAAAGUAAAUGCUGAGCCUAUUUUAAAUAUCAUUCCAGUCUUGGGUGCUGGGAAGUCUUUAUCGACUUUGGAUGAUAUAUUUACAUGUGAAUUCAUUGCUAGGAAAUGUUAAAUCUCAUUUAAAUCAGGGAAUUAUAUAUUAAAUGUUGAGAAAAAGGGAGUUUUGAACUUGAACAAAUUCUUAUAAUGUUAUUGCCACCCCAAUUGUUGCAAAUUACACUUAGCUUUACAGGAAAUGAAUAUAUGAAUUGCAUCUCAUUUCUGCAAUA